AUGGGCUCCCUCGAAUCCGCUGUCUCUUACGCUGCCCCAAUUCUCAUUUAUGGAGGAGUCGAGACCACGCCAGAAAAUCUUCAAAAUCUACUAGAUUCCGCCAAUUUUAAAGUUAAUACAAUAUAUAUAGAUCACAGAGUUUGCGAAAACCCUCAAAUAAAAGAUGUGAACGAUUUACUGUGGAGUAUUGGCGCAGUUAAAUCUAUUGGUCCAAUGGCCGCUAAUGACACUUCCAGACCUAUGGGCGGAGAAAGCGAAAGUCUGGAAGGUAAGGCGGAAGAAAAACAAGAGGAGGCAGAGGAGGAUGAGAAGGAGGAGGAGAAUAUGGUUGUGGAUUCGUUCGACCAAUGUGACCCCUGUUGGAGGAAUUCGAGUCAAGAUUUGUAUAAGACUCCCUAG